AUGGCCACCUGCAGCCGCCAGUUCACCUCCUCCAGCUCCAUGAAGGGCGCCUGUGGCAUUGGCGGUGGCUCCAGCCGCAUGUCCUCCGUCCUGGCUGGAGGAUCCUGCCGGGCUCCCAGCGCCUAUGGGGGCAUGUCGGUUUCCUCCUCUCGCUUCUCCUCUGGGGGAGCCUGUGGGGUCGGAGGUGGCUAUGGUGGAGGCUUCAGCAGCAGCAGUUUUGGUGGUGGACUUGGGAGUGCAUUUGGUGGUGGGUUUGGUAGUGGUUUUGCUGGUGGUCUUGGAGGUGGCCUUGGCGGUGGUUUUGGUGAUGGGCUCCUGGUGGGCAGUGAAAAAGUGACCAUGCAGAACCUCAACGACCGCCUGGCCUCCUACCUGGACAAGGUGCGCGCCCUGGAAGAGGCCAACAGUGACCUGGAGGUGAAGAUCCGUGACUGGUACCAGAGGCAGCGGCCCACUGAGAUCAAAGACUACAGCCCCUACUUCAGGACCAUCGAGGACCUGAAGAGCAAGAUCAUUGCGGCCACACAGGAGAAUGCACAGUCCACUUUGCAGAUUGACAAUGCCAGGCUGGCAGCAGAUGACUUCAGGACCAAGUAUGAGAGUGAGAGGUCCCUGCGGCAGUCCGUGGAGGCCGACAUCAACAACCUGCGCCGGGUGCUGGACGACCUGACUAUGUCCAGAGCCGACCUGGAGAUGCAGAUCGAGAACCUCAGGGAGGAGCUGGCCUACCUGAAGAAGAACCACGAGGAGGAGAUGCUUGCCUUGAGGGGUCAGACUGGUGGGGAUGUCAAUGUGGAGAUGGACGCCGCCCCCGGUGUGGACCUGAGCCGCAUCCUGAACGAGAUGAGGGACCAGUAUGAGCAGAUGGCGGAGAAGAACCGCAGAGAUGUGGAGGCCUGGUUCCUGAGCAAAACCGAGGAGCUGAACAAAGAGGUGGCCUCUAACAGUCAGCUAAUCCAGAGCAGCCGCAGCGAGGUGGCUGAGCUCCGCAGGGUGUUCCAGGGCCUGGAGAUCGAGCUGCAGUCCCAGCUCAGCAUGAAAGCAUCCUUGGAGAACAGCCUAGAAGAGACCAAAGGCAGAUACUGCAUGCAGCUGUCCCAGAUCCAGGGUCUGAUCGGCAGUGUGGAGGAGCAGCUGGCACAGCUGCGCUGCGAGAUGGAGCAGCAGAGCCAGGAGUACAACAUCCUACUGGAUGUGAAGACAAGGCUGGAGCAGGAGAUCGCCACCUACCGCCGUCUGCUGGAUGGCGAGGAUGUCCACAGCUCCUCCUCACAGCACUCCUCGGGGCAGUCCUAUUCUUCCCGAGAAGGCUUCUCCUCAUCCUCCCGCCAGCCUCGGUCCAUCCUCAAGGAGCAAGGUUCAAGCAGCUUCAGCCAGAGCCAAAGCCAGAGUUCCAGGAACUAA